UUUUCGAGGAAGAGCCGGUGGACUUGCAGGGAAAGAGGUUUUUUUCUCACCUCAGGAAUUGAACUAUUUUGGGUUGUUUUGUUUCGUGCUUUUAGUACUUUUCGUAUUUUGGAGCUGUCAGUUUUUGAGGGCUUUUUUCCCAACUAAACGUAAUUCGUUUAAAUGUUUUAGAACAUUGACAACUUUAGUGCUUUGUGUCCGUUUGUUUUUGUUUCCUUUUGGUAGAGGAUAUAAAGAGAAGACCGUCACAAUCGGAGCACUGUUAAGGAAGGACUGGUGAUGCAGAAACUAUAUCCCUUUAAAUCCUCUCCACAGAGCUCAACGAUAACCAAAGCUUCAGGUGAAUAAUGACGGCAAACAGGACACAGCUGUAUGCAGCAGUUCAUCCACCUGGACAGAAGAGGCAGCAGAGAGCAGAACUACUGAAGCCAAACAGGAUCCUGGAAUGAUCAUGGGAAUGAUUCAAAAACUAAACCCAUUCAGGUUUUACUCGCAGAAUAAGACCAAUGAGGCUCACAGUGUCUCGGCAGCAGAGGAGAAAGCACAGGCUGGGAUGCGGGACCAUCUGAAAUCCACCGCUCAGGUGUGUGAUGGAGAUGCGACUUCAUCUUCAACAGACGGAGAAUGUUUGGCCACACAGAGCAGCUCUGCUGAAGUUCAGAUAGCAGAAACAGAUGUCGUCCGCUCCAGUGACGGGAAUCCUCUGGACAAUGAAGAUGAUGAAGAUGGUUUGCUGGAUUGGUGGAGAACAGUGGAAGGUUGGGGCGAAUGGAACGAGUCGAAACAGUUUAAUGAGGAAGAUGGAGAACGAGCGAUCGAAGCGGCUGCUAACCGGGUGUUCAUGGCUGCCAAGUUAUUCGUUCACCUGCUGAACCAGCGGGAGGCGUCGCUGCAGCAGCGGAUCCACGAGCUUCUGGCUUUAGCGGACGCGGCGGACAGUUUCCACAAGAAGACGGUGACCGCUAGCGUCGGCGGCGGAGUGGCCAGCGUAGCCGGCAGCAUCACCACCAUCACCGGCCUGGUUUUGGCACCCUUCACCUUCGGGACGUCCCUCAUCGUGACGGCGGUGGGCAUCGGUGUGGCGACCGCAGGCGGCGUGACGUCAGCGUCAGCUAACAUCACAGACACGGUUCACUCCAACACGGACCGGAAGAAGGUGGAGAAGAUGAUCCAAGACUAUCAGCACGAAAUUCAAGAUAUUAAAGAAUGCCUGGACUUUCUGCAGGCCGGGAUGGCGACUCUGGAGGAGUGGAACUUCGAGCAAUACGUGGACAGCAUCUCCAGAAAGGCACUUAACCAGAACGUCAAGCACGUUUUGAAGGAGGGCGGCCGGGCCGGGAAAGCGCUGCUUGUCAACACGGAGAACCUCAUCAACACCGUGCAGGUGCUCAGCGUAGCAGGAGGAGCAGCCAAAGCCGCACAGGUCAUCAGUGUCACCACCGGCGUCAUGUCCGGCCUCUUCCUCGCUCUCGACGUCUUCUUCCUGGCCAAGGGAUCGCUGGAGCUGCGUAAGGGCGCAAAGACAGAGUUCGCGGCCAAGAUCAGAGAGGUUUGCAAGGAGCUCCGGGAUGGACUGCAGGAGCUGAAGAGAAUCCAACAGCAGCUGCAGAAAACCCUGGAUGGGGUUGAGUUGGAGGAGGAGGAGGAGGAAGAUGAUGAAGAUGAUGUAGAGGAAGAGGUAGAAAAUGAGAACUGACAAAAGAGUCCAGAUAGAGGAAUAAGCAUAGAUGAUUAUCUUGAGCAAUAAUAAGUACAAAUAAAAUAUAUUAAUAAUAAUUUAAUUAAUAAUUUCUAUUAAAUUAGUUUGUAAGUUUCUUUGAAUAAGUUAAGUGCUAAAUGCAUAAAUGUAAAUAAAGAUGAAAUAAUAAAUAUAAAAUAAAAAUAAAUAUGUAUUUAUGAUACACUAGCGGUCAAACGUUUGGAAUAAUUAGGAUUUUUUCAUGUUUUUGAAAAUGAUUUGAUAAUAAUAAUAACUAUAAUAAUUGAUAAAGAUUGAGCAGCAAACCAAAUAUUUCCCUUUUUUACUGUAUUUUUGACCAAAUAAAUGCAGACUUGGUGAGCAGAAGAGAAAAUCUUAAUUAUUCCAAACUUUUGACCUGUAGUGUAAAUAUUUCUGCUGUUUGCCAAAGGUCAUUCAUCAGUAGAUUACUUCAGUGCUGCUUACUAAGUGAAAUGGUUGUGCAGAGUCUUGUGGUUACAAAUAAGGACUGUUCAAAUAAUGACAAGAGAUGAGUAACUCUUUUAUAUCCUAUGCAAUGAACAACACCGUGCCAUGUUUUUUCAUUCUCUUAUUUAUUAUUCUCUGUUAUUUCUCAAUUUAAAUCUGUAACUGCUCAGGUAUGAUGGGUCUGUAUAUCUUACAUUUCAGCUCCUUACUGUAUAUAUGUUCAGUUCAGUGGUUGUUAAAAUAGUGCACUAACAGCAAAGUCACAUUUUCUCAGCACUGGUCUGGAUGGACCGAUCAGUCCUUUGUGAUUACUUGAUUCAUUCAUUUCCCACCCACUAUGUUCUUUCUGUCACCACUAGAGGGCAGAUGCACCAAACGUGGGACUCAAAUACCACUUUUUUUUUUUUUUUUUUUUUUUGUAAUUGAAUGAAUUCAUGAUAUUGCAUAUAUUUACAGUUCACAACACAUGUAUUUGCUGAGAAAGUACUCCAAAUGAAUCAUUGUACCAGAUGAAUAAGUCAUUGACUGGACUAAACAAGUCUUUAGAAGUCAAGUCAAAUUGUUUAAAAGCAGCUUCUGUAAUAAACAGGAAAAUAACAAUGUUAAUGUUGCAAAAUUCUGCAGUUAUGAAACUAAUUCGGUUGUAAAGCAGCUCUAAAAAGACAAUAGUGUCAUCAUUGAGCUCAAUUUAGUUCAAGUUUUGUUCUCAUCUGAUAGUGGCAGUGCAGUCUAUAAUAUAUUACUCAAACCUUUUAAACCUUUUGUUUUAAACCUUUUUUUUCUUUUAAACCUAUUACCCAUUUAUCAUCAGUCUAUCUGUCCCGUUAAAAUGUAUGGGCCAUUCACAUGACAUAUUUUUGUGUUUUCCGUCUGUGUUAUGUUGCUAUUGUUGGUUUAUGUACACAUUUAGACUGACAUUUGUGGCAUUUGUCUGACUGUUGUUCCACAUUUUUAAGGCAUUGUGUCAAGUUAAAAUAGUCAAUCUUGGAAAAACAUUUGGUUGUGUUCAGUACAGCUGUCCUUAAAUAUACAUCUGAAUUUCUUUAAAGAUUAAAUUGAAGAUUAAAUGUCACUUUUUUAAAACUAUUUGAAAUUAAGGUGUUAAAUUUCCUAGAGAUAGCAUAUUGUUCAUGCCAGUUAGUCAUGAAACGGGUGGGGUAAUAAUGUUACUUAAUGACAAUGUUGUUUAACCAACUAUACCAGUAUAUCCAGCAGUUAAAAAAAAAAAAAAACAAUUAUGUGAAGACAUGAAGUUAAUGCGCCAUGAAUUUAUAAAUAGUAGAAGCUUACGCAGACACCUCACUAUGACUAUAUUACUCAGAAAUUGUAUUUAUUAUAAACAAUCCUUUACUUGUCCAUCAUGAUGAUGGUUGGUUGUAUUGUGUGUUAAAAUGUUUCUCAUUAUAAACACUUCCAUAACUGGUUAAAUGUGUAUGGUAAGAAUAUUCAUGUCUUGAAUAAUAAACAGUGCACAGAUAGUAUGACAAAUGAA